GUUACCAAACAAACAGGAAAGAAAUCAUCAACAACAACAACAACAAAAUCUUCUUAUGAUGUGGGAAAUUAUUCUAUUACUCCAGAAAGUAGGUGGCGGUAUGAAGAUUUUACUUGGUUCAGUUCAGAAUCUGCUUUCUUCGUUGCCAUGUCUUCCUUUUAUUCGUGACUUUGCACUUGUUUUGAUUAUAAAUAUUGUUUAUCGCAUUUGUGGGAUUUAUCAACAUACUUCCAGAUUAAAGUGUUAACGACGAAAAUUGCUUAUUUUAACUUAUUCAGAAGAAGGAAGUCGCUAAUGUUUGCUAGUGUUUGAUAACGCGUUUGCUUGUUUAUCUGGCGCAAUCUGGCAACCCAGCCGCCUGUAAACUCUCCCCGCCUACCGCGAGACAUGAUGAGUGCAGACUGACAUUUACAGCGUUUCACUUCAACUUCAAAUGGAUAUAUGAAUGUAUUAUUACUAUUAUUGUUGACAUUUGACUUUCUCCUCAAGUAAUCCCUUUCUCAUGAACGAUGACAGAAGUUAAAGUCAAAAAAGAGUCAACGGACCCUGUAGACAUCGAGAAUCGCAUAAAAGAGCUGUGUCAGCAGUUUCCACAUGGGAUCACAGACCAGGUCAUUCAGAAUGACAUGCCACACGUUGAGGCGCAGCAACGAGCCUCGGCCAUCAACAGACUGCUGUCUGUGGGUCAGUUAGACUUGCUCAAGAACAGCAAUGGCCUUUUAUACAGGCUUAAAGAUGUUCAGUCUGCAAGUAAAGUAAAAGGCUCUGAUAACCAAGAAAAACUAGUUUACCAAAUCAUAGAGGAUGCUGGAAAUAAAGGAAUUUGGAGCAGAGACAUCAGAUAUAAGAGUAACCUUCCACUCACAGAAAUCAAUAAAAUCCUGAAGAAUCUCGAGAGUAAGAAACUCAUCAAAGCGGUGAAGUCUGUUGCAGCCUCUAAGAAGAAGGUCUACAUGCUGUAUAACCUGCAGCCGGACCGAUCUGUGACAGGAGGCGCCUGGUAUAGCGAUCAAGAUUUCGAGUCCGAGUUUGUUGAGGUUCUCAACCAACAGUGCUUUAAGUUCCUGCAAAGUAAGGCCGAAGCAGCGAGAGACAGUAAGCAGAGCCCCAUGGUGCAAAGAAACAGCUCAUUCGCCACGUCUCAUGAAGUGUGGAAGUACAUCUGUGAGCUUGGCAUCAGCAAAGUAGAUCUAUCCAUGGAGGACAUCGAGACCAUCCUAAACACACUGAUCUUUGAUGGCAAGGUGGAGAUGACCAUAAUUGCUGCUAAAGAGGGGACGGUGGGGAGUGUCGAUGGACAGAUGAAGCUCUACAGGGGAGUGAAUCCCAUAAUUCAACCCACAGGCCUGGUCAAAACACCGUGUGGAUUGUGUCCGGUGUUUGAUGACUGUCAUGAAGGAGGUGAAAUCUCUCCAUCUAACUGUGUUUACAUGGUUGAGUGGCUGGACUUCUGACCAGCCCAGCGGAUGUCUUUGUUUUUCUCUGUGGAGAAAGUAUUUUUCAUGCAGCGAUUCGAUGCAGCUGAAGAUUUCUUUUAUUUAUAUUGAACAUUAAUGGCUUUCAUGAAACAAGCAGAGCUACGGUUAGUGGAUAAGAAGCAGCUUACAUUUGAAGUCAUAAAAAGACUGAAGUGUUUUUUUUUUUCACCCAUAGAUAUGUCUUUAAAGAUAUACCUCAACCAUUUCAAUAAAUAAAGAUUCGAUAAUUUGGUAGUCUAUAUAUUGGACUGUGUUUGUGCACCUCUAUAAUUUCAAUGCACUGCAUCUAUACUUUAGCAGAUUGUUGAUGACGCUUAUGCUUUUUUUUUAAUAAGACAAAUUCAAUAAAUCAGCACUGAC